AUAUUUUAGAUAAACACAUUUCAGUUUAUUCUAUGAGAUGUAUGUAUAUUUGAAAGGAAUACGACAUAAAAUUACAAAAUUUAUUUUAAUGAUAAGACUGUAUAAAUUGUUUGAAGACCUUUCUGUUAUAUCGCAAUGAACUUUGUCCUAAUGGAAGCGCCGAUAAAUAUGAUAUCUUCGAUAGAAAGAAACAAUUGAAAGCAAUAGAAAGAAUAUGUAAAAGUUUUAAUGUAAGUAAGCCAAGUUUAUCCUCUAAAUAAUGUCAAAUCCGGCAAGACCGUUUAUAGUAACAAUCAUUACUGUCAUCUUGGGUGCGGUGUUUUUUUCCAUUCCGCUCAUCAUGAAGCAUAAAGUGUAUACGCCAAUGAAAUCACCCGUGUUUUCGUACGAUGUGUUUCCAUUGAAAAACAAAAUCUCGAGUAUCUGGUGCAAAGGGCAGAAAGUUACAUCAAACGCUAGUUUAGACGCUUAUUUGUUUCCAUCAUUACCUCAGUUAAGUACGAAUAUGCAUAUAAAUCGCCAUAUGAAGGAAAUAAUUACGAUAAGUGUCAACCAAAUGGAGUACAGAGCCUUCUAUCUACCUACAGGAAGCUCCAUAAGUUUGAAGAUGUGCUCUAGAUUUCCCGGUGCCAUAAUGUCCGUGAUUAAAGGAACACCGUCCCUAAAACGAUGCAUUCACUCUUACAAAAACGCGCCAUUUUCGAGCGAAGAAAGUUUGGAAUCGGAAGAUGAAUCAGACGAUAAAACUUCUUCCAUAUCCAGCAGCCAAGGUGUGUUUUCUAACGAAACAAACGAUUCGUUUGUGUGCCAUGAGGCUUUAGAACACGUUCCAUUGACCUCAAAUUCUAGAUGCAAUAAUAAACGAGCACGUUUAUUUGUAGAAAAGAAUAAAUUAACUUAUGAUAUUGCCAGUUCUGAUUUUUAUUAUUUUUUCUUCUCGUCUGAUUCAACGUUAGAUCUUGUGCCAAACUAUAUAUACAUUGACAUCGAAUUAGAAAAACCAGGUUAUAAUUAUAAUAACUCGAUAAAUCAUUGCAAUAAUAUGACCAGCUGUUAUUUUCCACUUGGUUUCAAAAGUACUGAUACUGUAAUAGUAUCCAUGACAAACAGUGACGAAAUAUGGAGCGAAGGUAUUUUGACGUCAGAGUGUGUUCCACGAAAAAGUAUUUAUUGCAUUUUUUUCACUUCUGUUCCUAUACUUUUAUUAAUUUGUGCUUUCCAAUAAAUAAUUUAAGAUGUAUCUUCAAGUUAGUGAAUAUUUUUGUUGAUAUAUUUAACCA